AUGUACGAUAGGGCGAGGACCGGUGUUCGAACCCCUGUGGGGAACACGAAACUUUUCUCGGUAGAUAUGGGCUUACACCAGGGUUCGGCGCUUAGCCCAUACCUUUUCACGUUGAUCCUAGAAGACCUGUCCAGGGGCCUACAGGAGGAACUACUGUGGUGUAUGAUUUUUGCCGAUGACAUUGCGCUGAUAGCGAGAUCGACGGAGGAACUAAACCAGAGGCUAGAGAAAUGGAGAGAAGCCCUUGAAGACCAUGGUUUGUGCGUAAGCCGAGAGAAGACAGAAUACCUUAUGUGUGAGUUCAAUAACCAGGAGAUAAGACAAAAUGGGGAUGAGGUUAUUAGCAUUGGGGGCCGCAUAUUGCGUCCGAAGGAGUCUUUUAGAUACCUGGGAUCAGUGAUACACAAAUCGGGUGGGAUAGACGAAGAUGUGACACAUCGAAUCCAAGCCAGAUGGAUGAAGUGGAGAGCAGCUACGGGAGUCAUGUGCGACAAGAGGAUCCCGCUAAAGCUGAAAGGGAAGUUCUAUAGAGUGGCUAUUAGACCGACUAUGCUAUACGGGUCAGAAUGUUGGGCGAUGACGAAAGCCCAAGCGGCUCGAGUAGAGGUGGCUGAGAUGAGGAUGUUAAGGUGGACUUGCGGGAAGACCUUAGCAGACAGGAUCCCGACGGGAGUUUUUAGAGCAGAACUCGAAUGGCUUAGCUACGCUACAGAGGACUUUGACGUGACAGGAAGAGUGGUAGGUAGAUGGAGGUGGAAGUACGGAAUUCCGAAUGUGUUAGAGGAGCUUCCAGGUAGAGGUAGUGGAAUGCAAGGGUAA